AUGGCUGACGCCAUCAGAAGAGCAUCGGCUCAUAGAAUUACGGCGGUAAUUCCAGUAUUUGGUUAUGCCAGACAAGACAAGAAAGACAAGAGCAGAGCUCCCAUCACUGGCAAGCUCGUUGCCAACCUCAUCGAAACUGCCGGUAUCGAUCGUGUCAUUACCAUGGAUUUACAUGCUUCACAGAUUCAAGGUUUCUUUAAUAUUCCAGUUGACAAUCUUUAUGCCGAACCACAAAUCAUUAAAUACAUUCGUAAAAAUAUUCCAGGAGAGAAGGUUAUUGUAUCACCAGAUGCUGGUGGUGUUAAGCGUGCCAAGUUGAUCUCGGACAAGCUCGACGCCGAGUUGGCCAUCAUCCACAAGGAACGUAAGAAAGCCAAUGAAGUCAGCGGUAUGAUCCUCGUCGGUGACGUCAAGGACAAGGUCGCCCUCAUCGUCGACGAUAUGGCCGAUACAUGCGGUACUCUCGUCUCUGCCUGCGAAAUGUUGAUUGCCAAGGGUGCCACCCGUGUCUAUGCCCUCGUCACCCACGGUGUCUUGUCGGGCGAUGCCAUCAAGCGUCUCAACGAAUCUUCACUCACCGAACUCGUCAUCACCAACACCAUCCCACACGCCGACAAGGCUGCCAAUUGCUCAAAGCUCAAGACCAUUAAUAUUGCUCAUACUUUGGCCGAAGCCAUCCGUCGUACUCACCACGGUGAAAGUAUUUCAUCUUUGUUCUCUGAUACCAAAUUAUUAAUAAUUGUAUCAAUUCUGUUAUUGAUAUCAUUGGUACUAUCCGAUAGUGGUCGUGUAUAUGGUCAUGGUGACAAUGAUGAUGAUCAUAUUCAAAAGGAUACAUUCUCUGAAUCGUUCAAGUUUCAACAUCCUGUUCAUAUCAAUGUCAAGUUGAUUGGCUUUGCUACGAGCUCUAUUAAAGAUCUAUCAAAUCUAUUGGAUAAAUCAAUAGAGAAUUCAAAUAAUCCUAUCAUAUUAGACAAUUUUAUAAAAGUACCAUUUAUUGAACAAAAAUAUGUUUAUACUGUAUCACAAGUUGGUGAUCAAGUAAAAGAUGAUAUACAACAACAAGUAAAGAAAUAUAUUAGUGGUAUCAAUGUCAAUAUUAAUAAUAAUAAUAAUGGUAAUGAUCAACAAGUAGAGAUAAAUAACUUGUUUAAAAAGAAAGAUGCAAUGGUUGUACCAUUUAAUCUAGUCGAUGAAAUCAUCUAUAGAGAUUAUAUAUCAACAUCAGAUAUCUCUACCAACCCAACAAUCUAUGUUAUCAACACUGCUACAGACAUUAAAGAGAAAUACACGUAUUCACAAUUGACAGCCGAGCAGAUUGCGCAGUUGGCACAAUCCUAUCUCAAUGCUGGUACGGUCGACGAGAGAAAGCAAAUACUACAAGAGAAUGCAACCAACCUAUACUGCACCACCAAGGUGUGGCAAUCAAGUGCACCACUACAGAAAUACAACGAACAGGCAAAUGCGGUGAUGGAGGAUAUACAGGCGUCUCCGGGGUCUGGUCGAUACGUGUGGAUUGAUUUAUCGGCAGAUAUGCAAUCGUUUGGUCCGCUGACCAAGGGUACAGGUACAUUUAUGCCAGAUAUGCUGCCAACCAGCAGAUUCUCAAACACAGGAUCACCAAACAACUUGGCGAGAAUGGAUCCAGCCACUCUUUUAAACUUGGCCACCUUUAUUCAAAAGACGACACACAUGUUGUUCACUCCUCCAGUGUUGCGAUUUAUAAACUAUGAAUGGGACCAACUCGAGAUUCGUCUCAUCAUGGUGCACGAUCACCAGGUCAAUCUUUUAGAGGAGGAGCAGUUUGAUUGGGAGGAGAUCAAAAACCAGGUCAAGCGCAUUCCUUUGCUGCCAACACAAUCGAUUACCUUUUCUAAAAACUCAAUCUCUCUUUUGGACAAUGUAUAUGCUGCUCAGGCAAAGCAAAACUCUUUACGUGUACAUCAUUCCGGUUCAAAGGGUACCCAAUCGUAUUUGGAUUCAAAAGAGUUACACCAUUGGUUGAUCAAGCACAAUCUCAUGUUUAUUCCAGACAUUGACACUCGCUUUUCUCGUUUGGUCAUCCCAGUGUUUUUGUUUGACAUUUCUUUUACAUCGCUGCUAUUGUUGGAUAGAACUCACCAAGCAGUUUCCUUCCCCGAUAUGGUCAUUGCCAUUCAAACUCAGGGUGGUUACACCCCAACCGAUAACCAAUGCGACCAAAAAAUGACCUAUAUCAACCCAUCCGAUGCAACAAGACCAGUCCUAUCAUCGAUCCUUUCAACUAUUUGGGGUAUCCCUCCUACCUUUACGACAUUAUCAAAGAAUUUAGAUGUUGAUAAUAAUUAUCUAUGGUCGCUUGGCAAUACUCCCUAUUCAGCAUUUUCAACACGUAAACAAAUAUCUUUUUCUCAAAGUGAUGCUGCCAUUCGAAAUUAUAUGUACUCUUAUUUGGCAGAUUCUUUAAAUCAUUUACAAUCUGUUUUUCAUCAUUUAGAUGAAGAAGAAAGUUCAUGGGAAGAUUUUAAUCAAUAUAAUUCAGAUAUCAAAUCAAUUCAAGAAUUGAAUUCCUUGAUUACUGAUAGUUUAAAGGAAAUUGGAAACCAUCUUUCUUAUCAUAGAUAUCAUUUUGCUCAUGAAUCAAUUACAGAGUUAGAGUCAUUGACAUAUAACCUCAGCAUUCUGAUCCGUGACAAUCACGACUCCAAGAAACAUACAUACCUCGAUUGCCAAUCAUCAGUUUUGAUAUGGCCUGAAGUAUUAAUGACAACAAUAACUUGUUAUUAA